AUUCCACACCUGUGAUGCCAAGUGCCAAUUUCUGCCUCCGCCUGCACAACUGACAUCUUUAGUUCAUGGUUCAGUCUGCAUAACCGCCAGCUCUGAUUGCAAACAGGAAAUUCUUAGUUUCCUCCAGUUGAUUGUCAAAAGGUUCUGGAACAUUUGCCGUUUUCAGAAGAGCAAUGAGCUGCGAAUACAGUCUCUUAUUUUUAUUCCUCUGUGGCUUUGCUGUGUCUGCCUCAACAAAGCUAUGCGAACAGGGAACGUCCUGCAUCAUUAAGCUGCCAGCACAAAACAUACCUAGUGAGAUAAUGUGGACCCAUCUCUCCAGUGGUGACUUCAUUAUCAAGAAAAAUGGAAGAAUCAAGGUGAAUUCUCUAAAUGGAACAAUAGAAGAAAAUGGAUCAUUAACAUUAAAAAGUGUUACUCUGAACAGCACCGGCAAAUAUAAAUACACUGUUUAUGCUAGUGACGGAACAGAGACUAGUGGCCAAGUGGAAAUUAAAGUUCAUGAAAAGCUCCCCAAACCUACUAUAAGGCUUGUCUGCAAUGCUAAUGGAAGUGCAUACCUAAUAUGUGAAAUUCCAUACAGUGAGGAUCUGACUAUAUCCUGGUAUAAUGAAAAACAAAUCAUCAAUGGUGCAAGUGAAAAGCGACUGUUCUUGACACCUGCUCAAAUGCAGGAGAGUAAACUGUACUCAUGCCAUGCAAAAAAUCCUAUCAGGGAAGAACAAAGUGAGAGUAUUACAUCAUUAUGUGCUCGUAAACUCUUUGGAUUAGAUUUUUGGAUCACGGUGAGCAUUUUAUCAGGUGGAGGAGCCCUUCUGCUGCUGCUAUCAUUUGUUCUAGUCAUCUGUGUGUGGCGACGCUUUAUCCAACAAAAGCACCAACAAGAUGAAGAUGAGCUCAGGCUGAGGGUUUUUCAAGAUGAAACUCCUAACGGUACAACCAGAUCCAAACACACUGCUAGGGGGCAACCAGCACCCCCCAUCCCGCAAGAAGAUACAUCUCCACAACCCCAAACACAAACCCAGACUCAACACAAAACCCAGAUCCGCGCGAGACCUCCACCACCACCUAAGGACGAUGAGGAAUAUCCUCCUCCCUUACCUAACCCUAGAAAUAAACAACAACGCAAGAGAAAUGUAGAGCCGUAGUGACCAAUGGAAGGAGAUGCUUGUAUGCUCACUGAAAGACAGUAACUUUGGGGCUAAAUUGAAUUAAUUUCAUAAGCCAUACUGUGAGUGUCAAAUAGCAUAGUAAAAAUUUAAUUUGGUCAUGUACUCACCCUCAUGUUCAUC